GGCAAAGAUCCGCGAGAGAUCCUUUGGUCGGGCGGCCGCAGCGAAAUCGCUCGCCGUGGAUGGCCCGGCGUUGACGCCCCAGGCCUCGUCAUCGAAGGGGAGGCAUUUACCAUCGAGAUGAGUCGCAUCAUGAAGCUCGGCGAUGGCGAAGAAGUUGCCUACGGCUACCGGUUGAUUGCGGAGGCGGAGCUUGCACCCAGCACGGUGAACGACAUGCACAUUGCGUGCCAAGCCUCGAAGUACGUUUGUGCCUACAUUCUCUCCGACUGUGGCGGGGACGUGCAAGAGGCGCUUCGGUUGCUGCCGGAGGUCCGUGGGAAGUGGGAGGAGCUGGAGAGCCUCUCGGAGAAACGCCAACAGAGCCUCGGGCUGCGUAGCGGCGGCUGCUUCGUGGCAACGCAAGCUACGGCACUGGAGGACUCCUGGCUCCUCGGUGCGCGCCUGGACUUGGGAGCGGCGGCGCUGAGCUUCGCUGCGAGGGAGACGCUGAGGCCCAUGCCCAACGAGUGCUUCUCGGACCAGGACUAUCAGGAGGCACUGGGCCACGAGCGCCCCAACGUCCUUCCAGUCUCCACGUCCUUGUACCGGAACACCUUGAGCUUUCGGUGCGGGCAGGAGUACACGGCGGAGAUUUGGGCUUCUCCGGACUUCAGAUUGGCCCUGGACCGGAAAGGCUUGAUCAUCGAGGCCGGUGUGGGUGGUCAUGAGGUACCUUUCGCCUUCCACCCCGUGGAGGGCGGAAAGGGCAGCUUGAGCUGGCGCGAGGAGACGUGGAUUGAAGUGGCCAUGACCGACUUGCUGAGCCACUUGCGGAAGCACCGGCGCCGUCACGAAGUCGUCGAGGCGUUGCUGAGCACACCAGAGAAGGAUCCCUCGCUUCGGAACCAGCCAGAACCCUGGCACCGUACCGUGGCCGGGAGCUGGUUUGCCGAGGCAAAGUGGUAUGGAACCUCCUCGGAGAUGUCUCAAGUGCUGCUGGCCAUGGUGACCAGCGAGAAGAGCGCCUUCUUCCUGGAGUUCGAGCUGCUUUUAUCUGGUGUCCUAGUGGCCUAUCGGCUUCAUGAGUACGACCGCGGCACCUUCCGCGAGGCCGUCUGGACCUCUGACAGGAGGCGAUCGCUCUUCGGGGCAGACCCCGAGAACUCCUUCGAGCUCUUUCCGGUGCCCAAAGCCCUGGAGGACACACCUUCUCCUUUCUGGAUUUGUUUUCAAGGAAGAUCAUUUUGA